GGGAGAGAGAGAGAGAGUGAGAGAGAGAGAGGCUGGCACUAUCCGUUGGCCUAAUCCCUCAGCCCUGUCUCUUGUGUUGAUGCUCUUUAUAGAUACAGUGUAGAAACUUCAGACUAGAAUGAUACGGCUACGAAUGGAUUUUAAGAUAGAUUUGUUGUGAGGUCUUGACGCCAUCGAUUGGAUAUAAACUUCAGUUUGAUCUGUUCUGGAGUGAAAAUUGAAGACAGGAUCUGACAGGACUCUGGAGUCCCCAGCACCACCACAACAACUAAAACCAGGACCUGAGACAGACACACAUUAACACACAGAUACAUUCCAUGUUGAGCUAAUUAUUGUUUAAAAAGCCGCUCUUAUCUAACAAAUCUUGACUGAAUAAGCUGCACUGCACUGCAAAGUGUGCAUUUGUGAUGUUAGAUGUUAACACCAUUAUUCACUAGAACUUUAAAAGCCAGUAAUUUGCAUUUUUAGGCAAAUUAACUCAUCAUGCUUAACUAAAAGAUCAAACUGGAAGUUUAUCUCAAUCACUUAUUGUUAUUUCUCCAGACUAGACAUAACUAACAAGCCUAAACAAAAGCCUUCUACUUGCUGUAAAACUAGCUAUUAGCCUAUCAGGCCUAGUAAGCCAAGAUGGCCGACCCCUACCAAAACAACACAUACCAGCAAGGAGCAGGUGACAGCUAUGGGAGCUACGGAGAAGGCGGUGGCCAGGAUGGAUAUGAUUACCCUCCCCAGGAAGAGGACGCAGCAAGCGAUGUGACCGAAGGACACGAUGAAGAGGAUCAGAUGUACGAAGGAGAAUAUCAAGGGAUACCACAUCCUGACGAGGUGAAGGCUGCACAGAGAGCUGCACGGGCUAAAGCUCGAGCAUCCGGCAGCGCAGUCUCUGAACUAGAAGAGCUAUCUGAGCAAUACGAGGACAUCAUGGAGGACUGCGGCCACGGGAAGUUCCAGUGGACGCUUUUUAUAGUGCUGGGCCUGGCUCUGAUGGCUGACGGAGUCGAGUGCUUCGUGGUAGCGUUCGUUUUACCGUCUGCAGAAAAGGAUCUGUGUCUCUCCAAUGCAGAGAAAGGAAUGUUGGGUCUGACUGUCUUUCUGAGCAUGAUGGUGGGAGCCUUCUUGUGGGGCGGUCUGGCAGACAAAGUUGGCCGUCGGCGCUGUCUGAUUGUGGCAUUAGAAAUAAACUGUGUCUUUGCCUUCCUGUCUUCGUUCGCCCAGGGCUACGGCUUCUUCCUCUUCUUCAGGGUGCUUUCUGGCGUUGGUAUCGGCGGCACAGUGCCGAUCGUGUACUCGUACUUCUCCGAGUUUCUGCAGAUGGACAAGAGAGGAGAGCAUCUGUCCUGGUUGUGUAUGUUCUGGAUGAUUGGUGGGAUCUAUGCUUCAUUCACUGCCUGGGGAAUCAUACCCAGAUACGGCUGGGGGUUCAGCAUGGGCUCAGAGUUUCAGUUCCACAGCUGGCGGGUGUUUGUCCUGGCUGCAGCUCUUCCUGCUAUUGCCUCGCUGAUUGGACUCACCUUCAUGCCUGAGAGUCCCCGCUUUCUCUUGGAGAAUGCCAAGCACGAUGAGGCGUGGAUGAUCCUGAAGCAGGUCCAUGACACCAACUGGAGGGCCAAGGGACAGCCAGAAAAAGUCUUUACUGUGACUCACAUCAAGGCACCUAAGACAGCGGAGGAUGAGUUUAUUGAGAUUCAGAGUGCUACAGGAACAGCUGUACAACGAUGGGCUGUACGCUCACUAACACUCUGUAAACUGGUGUUGAGGAACGUAGCAUCACUCCUGUCUGCAGAACUGAGGUUUGCUACACUCUUCAUGGCCAUCAUCUGGUUCUGCAUGGCUUUCAGUUACUAUGGUCUGUCUGUUUGGUUCCCUGACAUGAUCAAACACCUUCAGUAUGAGGAGUACCAGUCCAAGGUCAAGGUGUCCCAUGGAGAACGAGUGGAGAACUUCCAUUUUAACUUUUCUUUAGAGAACCAGAUCCAUCAAGAAGGGGAAUACAUCCAUGACAAGUUCAUCAGUAUAGAGAUGAAGUCAGUGAAGUUUGAGAACUCACUGUUUGAAGACUGUCGCUUUGAAGACAUCAAGUCCACAGACACUGUGUUUGAGAACUGCACCAUCCGUUCCACUGUCUUCUAUAACACAGACCUGUGGGAGGAGAAGUUCAUUGACUGUAGGAUGGAGAACACCACCUUUGAGCACAACAAAAAUGGCUGCCACCUGGACACUGGUGAGGAGAACGACGUUCUCAUUUACCUGGUCUGCUUCCUGGGCAGUCUGGCUGUGUUGCCAGGCAACAUCAUCUCAGCCCUCUUUAUGGAGAAGAUCGGCAGGGUCAGGAUCAUAGGUGGCUCCAUGCUCAUUUCGGCAGGCUGUACCUUUUUCCUGUUUCUGAGCUUCAGCCAAGCAGCCAUCAUCACCCUGCAGUGUCUAUUCUGCGGCGUCAGCGUAGCUGCAUGGAAUGGCAUUGAGGUGGUGACCGUGGAGCUGUACCCGACUUCUAAAAGGGCCACGGCAUUCGGCGUGCUGAACGCUCUGUGUAAGCUGGCGGCGGUGCUCGGCAGCUCCAUCUUCCCCAGCUUCGUGGGCGUCACCAAAGCCGUCCCCAUCCUGCUGUCCUUCGCAGCGCUAGUAUGCGGCGGCCUGGUGGCCCUCAAACUACCUGACACGCGAGAGAAAAUCCUCCAAUGAGGUCAUGUGAGAUCCGGGGGGCGAGAGUCAUAAAGGGGCCAAAACAUAUGUUGGAAGCUUUUUGAAUUGGAUUUCACUUCACUCUGCAAUUGAAAGAAAACAAGAAGAAUAGAAAUAGCUCAUACCUAUAAAUGUAAAAUGCCAAGCUCUUAUUUUAUUCAUGUGAACCACUUUGGUUGUGUACAGGCUUUAGAGAGGGGCGCGGGGGGGAAUCCUUCCACUAGUGAUGGCAGGUAGAGGGGCUUAGGUGUACACAAGGGUCAAAGAGCAAAUGUGUUUCUUUCUGUUCAAGAACAUGUGAAUCUUUUAAUGAUGCAAUCAUCAUCAUGUGGAUUUACUAAGCACAUGAUGAUGAUGACGAUGAUGAUGAUGUGCGUGAAGAAUGUUAUUUUUUGUGUAAAUCCAAUCUGGGGCUUAAAUCAGAUGAUCUAACUGGCUAUCAUAUCCCCUGCUUGUUGUCUUUCUACCAGUACUUCCAUGCAUGAUGGGGACUGAUGUCAGAUCCUGGCCAAAUGUUUUCUGUGACACUUUGUUUUAGCAAAUAUCCGCCUGUGUGUUGAAAUUGUGAAAGAGGCUUGUUGUUGGAGUUUGGAGUCCUUGGAAGUUAAAGUUCUCCUCUACUUUGUGCACUACUUCUACUUGAAAACAUAAUUCUAGCAAUGUUGUCAUUAACAGAUGUGGCCGACUAAUGACUCCAUUCAGCUCGUCCAAUUGUCAGUUAUCAACAAUUGUCUGGUACCGUUACUGAUGACUUCUAGUCCUGGCUUGAUGAUGAUGAUGAUACUGUACCGAUCGGUAUCUGUGGUCAGUUAUACAAAAUCAACUUAGAAUUAUCACGUAUGAUUUUAAGAAAGGAUAUAUUUUCCAAUUAUUUGGUCAUUUUGGACAUAUAAACUAAUUAUGCUGCAGAUAUUAUGCUCACUUUUCCAUCUU